GUUGUUCUGUUUUAUCCCUCAUAUUGCAUGUCCGUCGUUGUCUUUGUGUGCCUUCAAAUUCGUCAUGAAUCUAGACCAGAUAUUUGACGUGUCCAUGGUCCGGCGACGCAGGUUGCAGGACAUGGCAAAAAUAAAAGUCGAAUGUCUUGAGGACUACCUAAAGUACAUGGAUCGGAUGCCGGAAAUAAAAAUGGUCCCUGAAAAGAUUGAUUUAGAAGAGUUAACCAGAUCAUCGAACGAUUUCUCGUUCACUCCAUCGAAAAAAGAACGCUUGGAACUAGACGCUAGUCGAUUACCUCUUGUUCUCGGUAAUCCAGUUCCUGUGAGCAUGCAAGAAGUUCGGAUGGACGACCUCGCUGCUGUGGACAUUCACUGGAAAAUGCUUACAGAUCUUCGUCCCUUAAACCGCAUAGAGGAGGAUAUAUUUAACAGACUACUUGAUAUGGCCAAGUAUCGAAGGAAUACCAAAGCGUCAGAGGCCAAAGCUUUGGCACAUGUAAUCAGCCAAAUGCCAGGAUCCUCUGGUCAGGCUAAAGCAAUCGCUCUCGGUUUCAUCACCUCGAAAUCUAAACGAGGCACAAUGGAGACCAAGAUAAAAACGUGUCGUGAAUGUGGUCUUGAGUUGUGCACGGGUGCCUGGUGUCGGUUGGGUCACUACGAUUAUUACAUUCGAGAAAUUCUGGAUAAGGAUGAGCUGGAAGCGGAAGAGAAGGGAUUCAGCCUCAAAGGGGUCAUAGCUCAAGCCAACUCAAAACCAGAUGCGGCCGCUGCGGAAGAGAAAGUCAGAGCGAGAAGAAGAGCGAAAAAGGGGCCAUCACUGAAAGCAAUGAUAUCUGCUGUCAAACCAAAGAAAAAGAGGAAAAAGAAAGGAGAACAGUAG